UAUCGCGCCAGGCUGGUCUCUCGCCGUAUCAGUCCUGUGCAUGUACUACUACUAGUACUACUAGAGCCGAGGAGGACUCAGCUACUGUACUGGUAUGCUGGUAUGAUCAGCUAGCUGGCCGGCAGUGGUAGUGUAUGUCAGUGAGUGGCGAUGUUGCGACGACGUAUGUCAAGUGCCGGUCGGACCGAUAGACAAGGCCACGUCAAAGGUGACGUCUUCUGACUUUGGUCUCUCCGGCAAGCCAGAUCGAUGCACGGGUAAUACCAACACGGCAUUACCAGCAGCAGAAGUAGAAGCAGUAGCAAGGAGCAGCUGCAAACACACGCACGCUACCCCCAACCAUUCUUGGCCUUACACGCUGCGUCCAGCCUGGGGACGGCGAGUUCACAACGCUUAGGUACCGAGGAGUGCUCCAUUUAUUUAGCUAGUUCUGCUGUUUCUGGGCAGUCAGACGAAGCAAGACCGCGGUGGAAAGGACGGAAAGAAUUCCAGGCAUUCUCCUUUGCUGGAAAUAUCAAAUUUAGAAAGGAAGAAGUGAUCAGACGUUACCAAAAAUAGUGCACAAUGGCACAAGGUAGGUGUGAGGUCGCGUGGCGUGGAUGGUGUGCACCCAGAGGCCUGCUACUAGUCCUUCUGGCGUCAGUGGUGUGGACAGUGAGCUGUUUGGGCGAUAGCAAUAUGCUGGGCUCCAUGGACGCCGAGCGCGCCCGUCGCCAGGUGGUCCACGACAGCACUGCGACUCCGCCGCGUGCGUUCUGGUCGUCGGAUGAGACCAUCACCGAACCCCUUCCGAGCGCUAGUCAGAGCCAGGCUCAGCUACUGCAGGAGCAGCGACGACAGCAGCAGGUCAACUCGGCGGGGGAACUGAGGUACAUGAUGGAUAUCUACAAACAGCGGAGCUACCAGGUCCGCGAAAGUCCUGACAUCGUCCACCACAUGAAAGACGAGGGCAAGUGCCAGAGGCCCGAGUCGACGGUCAUCCACUCCUUUCCGUUCAUCGGUGUGCACAACAACUGCUUACACUUUGCGGUGACAACGCCGAACCCUGCGCAAGAGCUGUGCAAGGGAAAUCUGCGUCUCUAUUACCACUCAUCGGGUAACAAGCGCCGUGCCGGUCGCCGUCGAGCCUGGUGGAGGUUCCCACUCCUGGUGCGUCUAGAUGUCAUGGGCCUCUACCCCAACGCUAACAAAACCGUUGUGGUGGCAUCGCAGACCCACCCAAUCCCGGGCGUCGAGUCGAGCGGCUGGUUCGACGUCGAGAUCAGCAAGGCGUUCUCGAAUCCGGCAAACAUGCCGCUGGUCGACUCGCAGAUGUUCCUGGAGCCACGCAUCACUUUGUUUGGCAGCGACGGCGAAAUCAAGAUCGCAACCGACCCCGGGGAGUCCAAUCGCCCGUUGCUGGUGGUCUACAAUCACGAAGACCCAGCAGCCUCCGAUGCUGCCCUAUUGGCAGCAUUGCAGCGCGUGCGACAACGGCAACUUCAGGAGCAAAUUGUUGACGAGAACAAUACGCCUGUUUCCGAAGACAUAAAUUCCAACGAUGUUACGAGCCGACGCAAACGCCAGGCCAAUGUUUUCGUUGAGCACUGCGAUUUACACUACCGCCGUGUGCCAAUGAGUGCGAUUGGGUUUCCUUACGUCAUCCAGCCGCCGUACUUUCCCAUGACGUUCUGCGAGGGAUCGUGUCAACAUCCCAUUGUCCAUCCGACGCGCUCUUCACUGCACGGUCGACUGAUGGCCAUGCUCCAUACGAUGGGUGGGCGGCGGCGGCCCCGGGCCAAAGAGCCGUGCUGUGCUCCGAGCGGUAUGCUCGCCGGCCUAGACAUGCUCUACGUGUGGCCUUCCGGUGGAUUCACCAUCAAGUAUCAUUCGAACAUGGUUGUGGAGUCGUGCGGCUGUGACUGAUGUGUUGACAGCAUGUCCAUUGCGAAGUUUGAACAAUACACACCUUGAGCCUAUUCGAAUAUGAAUAGAAUUUCUCUGCGGUCACACACAAGUUAGUUGAUCAUGUAUGAUGAAAUUCAAAAAUUAAACUGAAGCAGGCUCUUCUGCUGCCCAGUGCAUCCUGUUCAGUUGCCUGGAUGUGUAGUAUCCUGCAAACUAUGACUGCUUUCUUGUUUUAUCAGCCCUAUGCUAAUAUGAAAUCUUGAGAAGCCCUUUGACCACGAUUCCUAUUGCAAGUACCAUAAUCUUGGAAAUCCCGUUGAUGAUUGCUGAUAACUUAACCACCUCACAGUUGACCACUAUCUGCACAAGGUUUAAGAGCCUUAUAUUCA